UCUCGGGUCCACAUUUUAUGUGCAAAAAAGUUGACCGUCGGUUUAAAGCGCCUCCAUUUAUUUCUUCGCCGGCGGCUGUUGUGGCCAUCAUGGAAACAGAAUUUAGGUUAUUGGUUAAAAACGCCGCUCAAGCUGUGCUAGUUUGUGCACACAAUGAAAGAUAUUUGACUAAAGUAGGAAUGGAGACUAUUGCAGUGAUUGAAAAUGCGAGUCUGGUAAUCGGCAGGGAUGGUUUGAUCAAAGCUGUGGGACCCACAACUGCUAUUGCUUCUCAGUUUAAGGGAGCAACUUUUGAAAACAUUAUUGAUGCAGAGGGCAUGUGCAUCUUACCAGGUUUGGUAGAUGCACACACACAUCCUGUCUGGGCUGGAGACAGAGUUCAUGAAUUUGCACUUAAGCUUGCAGGUGCUUCCUAUAUGGAGAUUCACCAAGCAGGAGGUGGAAUCCACUUUACAGUGGAGCACACCAGAAGAGCCUCAGCUGAAGAACUGUUGGUCAGUCUGAAGCAGCGACUACAGAGAAUGUUGAGAGCUGGAACUACACUUGUAGAGUGCAAGAGUGGAUAUGGCUUGGAUUUAGAUACCGAGAUUAAAAUGCUUACCGUUAUUGAGCAGGCACGCCAGGAACAGCCAGUCGGCAUCUCGUCUACAUUCUGUGGUGCACACUCUGUCCCAAAAGGAAAGACUGCAAAAGAAGCCACAAAGGACAUUAUUAAUGUUCAUCUACCUCAGCUGAAGAAAAAAGUUGAAAAUGGUGACCUUCAUAUAGACAAUAUUGAUGUAUUCUGUGAGAAAGGGGUGUUUGACCUGGACUGUACAAGAGCCAUUCUUCAGACGGGGAGCAGUAUGGGUUUUCAGAUUAAUUUUCAUGGUGAUGAGCUACAUCCAAUGAAUUCUGCCGAGCUGGGUGCCGAAUUGAAUGCUCUUGCUGUGAGUCACCUUGAAGAAGUGACAGAUAAAGGAAUUGCUGCUAUGGCAAAAAGCAAAACCGCAGCUGUCCUACUGCCCACCACUGCCUAUAUGUUAAGGUUAAAGCAGCCCAGAGCCAGAGACAUGCUGAAUGCAGGUGUUAUUGUUGCUUUGGGUAGUGAUUUCAAUCCCAAUGCCUAUUGUUUUUCAAUGCCCAUGGUCAUGCAUUUUGCCUGUGUGAAUAUGAAGAUGUCUAUGAGUGAGGCAUUAGCUGCUUCUACUAUUAAUGCAGCAUAUGCUUUGGGAAAAUCCCGUACUCAUGGCUCCCUCGAGGUGGGCAAGAAUGGAGAUUUUGUCAUCCUCAAGUCCUCAAGAUGGGAACACCUUAUUUAUCAGUUUGGAGGCCACCAAGAACUUGUCAAGUAUGUGGUUGUGAAAGGUGUGAUAGUCUAUGAAAACGACAGAACAGCGGACUACUAAACGUUCACCCUGAUGGAGGAAAAAAAAACAACCCCACUUUACAGCACAUGAAAUUAUAAUUGCUGACUAAAAUAAUGGUGAGGAUGCGUGUUAAUAGCUAAAAAAUAUGAUUAUACACAUAUGAUGCAUAUGCUGUAAAUGAUUCUUAGUGUUAAGUUUUUUAAUCUUUCACAUUCUCUUUUUAAAGUGCUAAAGAGCUGUUUGUGUAUAACAAAGAUAAGAAAACCAAAGGGAUUAGUAUACUGUAGAACAAAUCCUAUUAGUAAUGAAAAGAAUUAUCACAAUAUUCCGAUCAAUUCUACAUAUUUUUCUGUAGUACUCACAAAAGAGGUGACCCAACCCACUUUACAGUAUUAAAUGAACAGAAUAACAUACAUACAGCAUAAACUACACUGAAUGAAAAUAUUUCAACAGUCAUGACAAAACAAAGGCUGCAGGAGAAUAACAAAUUAAAACUUACACCCCUGUCGUAGGCAAGAGAUAAUGUGAAGUAAGGUUGAUUGCUGACUUAGAAAUAAAUGUGCCAAAAAAACAAGUAUAAAUUGCAAGUGUAAUAAAGUUUCCUGUCUGGUCUUUGUGCAAGUUAACAAUUUAUUAAUGUAAUAAUUCAUUAACAAAGUUAGCUGCUGAUGUUAGAUUUCACUGACCCUUACUCUUCCAUUUUGAACUCUGUUUUUCUGUUCUUAUUUUUUACAAGAUAAUUACAUAUACUGUAUGAAAUGUUAAAGCUUAUCUUCUGAAAAGCUGAAGAUGUAUUACUACAGAUAUUAAAGGUGUCAUCUGGGUUAAAA